GCAUGUGACGCGAAAGAACGAGGCGGAAAGAAAGAGAGAGGGAUCGCGUGUGUAAUUCGAGUGAAAAAGAAAGAAAAAAAUGUAUAUUCGAAGAAGAAAAGAUGUCAAUAAUUUGGUGGUAUAGUGGUUCGCGUUUUUUCGACUAUGAUAAAUAAGAAUAUCAUGGAACAUGCACCGAUGACGACGUCAUGACCGUAUCGUGGUAUUGUAGUCGCCAUCUCUCCCGGUUGGUCGGUUGGUCUACUGUGACGGAUUUUCGUGAUGUGAGUGCACGCGCAUUUGGUCGAAAGAGCCGACGAAAAUUACAGCAGUGGCAAGGGCAGUAGAAGCUCGGAUUGUUGUGGCGCGAUGUUGAUGGUUCCCGGGAAUUCGUGUCGACUCUUACGUUCAUCGUCAAUACUCACGGCAUAGGUGACACGGUGGAGUGGCGGUCUACGAGACCACGACAACACACGACAGCAACGAUGGCAUUCACAGCUCUAGUGUACAUAUGUGUGUUGCUACGCGUGCGCGUGUGAAGUCGCUCCGCGAGAAUGUUCUUUUGUGUGCGUACUAUUCGUUUGCUCGCUCGCUCGCGCUCGUUCGUGAGCUUUCUUGUGGGAACAUAGUUGCGUAUGGAACAUGUGUGCGUGCCAGUAUAUGUGUAUGCACGUGCGCGAACUUCUUGUAUUAUGUGUCAGUGACUCUCCAUGUCACGGUGGAAGUAAGUGAGGUAGUUUCAUCGCUGUCACGAGUAUCCACUACCUGCCCUAGGAGUCUUACUAUACGAUGCCUAUAUCGUCUCUCGUCUAUUUAUACGACGACCAUACACGUACUUACCUCUCCUCCCUCAUCUUUCCUCACAGUCACUCUUUUAAUCCUCUUUCUCUUUCUCUUUAAUUCUCUUUCUCCUUUCUUAUUUUUCUCUUUCUUACUCUUUCUUUCUUUCUUUUACUCUUAAAGUUUCUCCAUCUCUCUUCUACAUUCACUGUGCUGCCCCACCAGUUUCCCCUUUCGUAUCGGCUCCCUUUCUCCCGCCUCUCUCCCCACGUCUUUCUCUUCUUCUGCCUCUUCCCUCACCUCGUGACGACAUCCGCGAACGAGCAAGCGACUCGGCUCGAAUCGCCUCGAGUCGAGCCGAGAGAGCCGCGCGCCGAAGUCCACCGUACACCCUCGUAUCCGUACUUACGUACACGCGGAAUGUGCUGCCAGGAAUUCUCUCUCACAAUGGAUUUAUUGUGUUAGUGAGUAACAGCAGCGUGUGCGCGAUAGUAUAUCGUGAGUGAGAGACGAGUAGAAGACGCUGACCAGAACGACGACGACGAUUACGACUACGACGACGACGAUAACGACGACGACAACGAAGACGACCAGGAGGACGAACAGAAAGAACGUGCGCGUCCGGCUUAACUCACGAGUCAAGAUGGAGCUAGUAGACGCGGUACGUGAAUUUCGCGAAUUCGGUGUGAUUUUUAGUAAGAAUUGUGCGCCUAAUGUACGCCAUAUAAAACCUAAUAUCGCGAUUUUUCCUCGCGUUUAUUGUGUAUUAAUUGUGCUUCAUUCUUUUCUUAGGAUUUUCUCUGUUAUUUUCAUGUCUUUAGUUAACACGACAUUUAUACUUACAUAUAUAAUAACAAAUUUUCGUGUCGUUUAUUUUUGCCGAAUUUUGAUUCGUAUUCUAAACUUUGCUCUUCCUAACCUUUUGUGGUCCGUUACGCGUACAUGGUUCUCGAUGAAUUUCAGUCGAUUUGUAUAUAUACGUGCAUAUUAACGUUUUUUCAUUUUACCAUGUUCAUUGGGAUUUUUCUCAAAGUGUUUGUGUUAUUGUUGAAUGCGUUUCCAGAAUUUAGACGCUAAUACUCGUAUGUAAUAUAUCGGCUUUGCGCGGUACGAUUGAUCAUGUUGCGGCGGAACUGAAUGGAAAGUAACUCUUUGGGUGAUUUAGGAUAAUAAUUGAGCAAGAUGGUUCUGUGCGCACCAAAGUGCUAUAAACGCAACCAACGAUCAAGGAUUAUCAAUUCUGUAAUUCUUAAUGGUGCUAAGUCCUAGACAUUGACUAGAGGUACGAGACAAUUAAGAAAGAAGAGAAAAGUGUUCGCCUAAGAAGAGAAUUUUCGGAGGAGGAUGCUCGGCAGUUGGGGCUGGGAAGAAGAAUUGGAGUUGGGAGAGGGAACAGCAACCCUGUCACAAGAUAGACAAAGACGAGAGAGCCCAGACUCGACGCAUCCUGUCCCCGACAGCCGGGUGCUGAGGUAUGCACCCAGCCGGUGUCACCACCCUCCCAGCUUCAACUCGCCACAUUUCAGCACACAGCCUCCUCUCGACUGUACAGACUAGCAGCGUGAGGUGGCCAAAAUGCUGACUGCUCACUCUGAGAUGCACGAAAAACGGGAUCCCCUUGGAGGCGGACAAUAUGGAGCAGGCGGGGGUGGUGGCGGCAGUUCGAUUGAAGAGAAAUCUAUUCCGGAACAACCACCCCCGCCGCCGGUGCCUCCUCAGCGGGAUCCGUCUGAUCCAACGAUCAGUGCUAAGAAACUUCCAAAGAAACGAAAAUAUGAUUUAUCGGAGCUUGAGGAAAUGGAUAAAAGCAGUAAUGUAACAAGAACCGUAAAUAAUAUGGUAAACAUACGGGCACCGAAUAUGCCACUCAGUCAAUCAGGUUUAGUUCAACAGUCAACUUCAGCAACUCGGCAAUCUCCGCAACAACAAGAAUCCGAUUGUUAUCAAGUAUCCUCGGCACAUUCAGUGGUAGUUUUACCACCUCAAAGUACAGCAGUGGAUUAUUCUGUUCGAGAGGAAUCUUUACGUCCUCGUCCUCGGCCUGUUGCUAUUGAUCUCAGUGAGUGGCGCGACCACAGAGUGUUAGCUUUAAGGGAUUCAUAUUAUUAUCCAGGUGUUAUUCGUAAUGUUGUUCAAGGAGAAAUUUAUAUUGAGUUUGAUGGAGAAAGAAAACUAAUGCGUUACACUGACGUUUUGGGUGCGGGAAGGUACGAUGUGAUAGGUGAUGCGAGCCCCUCGGUUGGGCAAGUGACUUUAGAUGCAAAAGUUUGUAUCAAGUGUCCAUCAAACAAUCAUAUUGAUGCGGCUAAAGUGUUUGUAAAAGGGACAGUGUGCAAGAUUUUAUCAAAUCCUAAGCGUUUUGUUGUUAAAAUAUCAAGGGAAGAUGAUCGAAAUGAUAGUUAUGUUGUGACACGUGCGGAUCUACGAUUAGUGCAACCUCCUUGGUGGGACGAAUUAGAGGAAGGAUUAGAAGACUGUGAUUCUGCGAGGGUCGAAGGAAUUGAACAUGGCUAUCGAAAUUCUUCAGAAGCUCCAACAGCAGUGCCAAUUUUGCAACUUCAUCACACUUCUCAUCAUACAUCUCAUAUAUCAACUCAUAGCGACACAGGUGGUUAUUAUAGAACGACUGGUACUAGUCCUCUCAUGACUUUAGGCACUUCUGCACAUCCUGCCACUACAGCAUUAAGUAAUGGAAGUCGACCGUAUGAUGAUUUAGAAAGUGAAGAUGACUUAGAUAGGGAAGAUAUUACAUUCCCUUCAGAUGCAGAUGCAAAAUUGUCAGGGAGCAGUAAACGAAGCAGCAUGCAAAGUCGAGGAAGUACCAGUAGUUUAGUUGAACAACGCAGUAUAACUCCUCGUUCUCAAGCAGCCACGCCCAGAUCUCAGGCGGCAACGCCACAUAGAUAUAAAAAAGGUGAUGUAGUGGCUACACCAAGUGGAGUUAGAAAAAAAUUUAAUGGUAAACAAUGGCGUAGACUUUGUAGUAAAGAAGGAUGUUCCAAAGAAAGUCAACGAAGAGGAUAUUGUUCUCGUCAUCUUAGUUUGAAAGGAUCUUGUCUUAGAGGUCCAACAAAUACUUUUUCUGGUGGCAAAAUGGAUGGUGAAGAAACAUCUAGAGAUUCUGAUACUUCUCCAAAUUAUGGAGAUAAAAGAAUUGCUGGACGAUUUGAUCCAGAUGAAACUGAAGCUGCUAAUAUGCUUGUCUCCUUAGGAAGUUCUAGAUCGGCAACACCAGCUUUCUCUUCACCAACAGGACAAUCUUCGAUAUCUCCUUGUAUCAAUCAAUCUCCAGUACCACCCUUGGGACUGAAUCAAAAUAAUGUGUUUAUGCCUAUUUCAAGUCCUGCUCAUCAUGCAACUCCAUUAAUCUCGCCUGGUGCGAAAUGGAAACAUUCACCUACUCAAUCUACUUUCCUUACUCAAUAUCAACAGCAAGUAAUAAAGCCUGAACCGAAUCGAGUGGUUAGAUCGAAUCGUUCAGCUCCAACUGCCCCAGUUCCUGCUAGUAUAGGAACAAGCGUGAUAAGAAUCUCUCCUGUAAGUCGUGGUAUACCAGGAUCCAAUUUAACUUCAUCAUGGUCAGAACAAAGCCCACCGCCGCGGCAUCCAUCGGUUGUGACGACUAUAGCUCAACAACAACAAGGCAUCAUUCUUCAACAUGCACUUACAACGAAUAAUGGUUUUUCUAAUCAUUCUGAAAUUUCAGAACAAAAUUCACAAAUAUUAAAACCAUCUCAUUCACCUCAUAUGCCACUAUCUACAUCAACACCACAAAAUUUGACUCUUCUACAUAAGCCUUUGGAACAACCUGUUGAUUAUGCUCAACCACAAACGCAAAAUCAGCCAAUUUAUGUGAUGCAGCAUCAACAUGAAAAAAAGUAUCUUGUGAUAAAAAAUAGUAUGGAUGUAUCUGCAGCAGGCCAUAUAACUAAUCAAGAUGAUAAAUAUAGACCAGCAUUAAUGAAUCACUUAGGUCAACUUCCAGCAACAUUACAUCAAACGCAAUGUCAGCCUCCACAAUCACCUGCUGUUUCAUCCGUCCAUGUCGACAAAUUAUCCGUUUUACAAGCAAAUAAAGUGGCUACACAUGUAUCUACUCAUAUGGAUAUGCAAAGAACACAACCACCUCCUACGAGUGUUGUGAUGACAACUACUGAAGCUUCAAAUCCGCCUACUCCAACAAGUGUCUUCCAACAUGUAAUUGUACAACCUGGGCAUUUGGUACAGAUUCCUAAAACGCAAUCAUCUAGGGAAGAAAAUUCUAAAAAUAAUGGAGUUCUGUAUGGUAGUCAUGAUGUUCCUCCUGCAUACCAGUCCCAUCCCCCAUCAUUACUGAAUAAUGCAGGGCGCAACUGGAAAAAAGCAGCUUUUCCUUGGCAAACAACAGUUUUAGAUCAAUCAGAAGUGAGUCCUCCACCAUCUGCAUUGAGUCCACCAUUAAGUGCACCUCCAAUUCCAAUUAGUAUGAGUACACCUGGUGAAGAUGGAUCUGGACCAGGACCAGAUCCUAUAACUCCAGCUGAAGAAGAAGAUGAUGAUGUUUUUGAAACAGAACCCACAACUCCUGCAGAAGUUGAAGCUAAUGCUAAUAAGAGACGCAGUCAAUCCCUUAGUGCAUUGCAUUCCAAGGAACCACAGAGUCCUCUUAAAACUAAAGAUAGAAUACGCCGACCGAUGAAUGCAUUUAUGAUUUUUUCUAAACGACAUCGUGCAGUAGUGCAUCAAAGACAUCCGAAUCAAGAUAAUCGUACUGUGUCUAAAAUAUUGGGGGAAUGGUGGUAUGCCUUAGGACCAGAAGAAAAACAAAAAUAUCAUGAUCUUGCAUCAGAAGUGAAAGAAGCACAUUUUAAAGCACAUCCAGAUUGGAAAUGGUGUAGUAAAGAUAGACGAAAAUCUUCAACGACAAGUUUUAAAGGUAGCGAAUCUCGAGGGAAAUUAAAUAGUACUGGAGAAGAAACGGAUAUGGGACCACCAGCAGAUGAUGUACCAUUAACACCAAGAGCUACAGACGAAAUUACUGUUCCCGUUACUACGGUAUAUAAUGAAGCUCCCACGAUUGAGGUUAUUAAUCAGUCACAUACACAUCGAAUAAUGGAAAUGCCUUUACCAGUUGAAAAUACAGAAUGUGAUUUAAAACAGGACGAAGAUGGUAAUGCGUCAGAUGAAGAUCAAAUGGUAAUCUGUGAAGAUCCACAACCUGAAAUAGAUUUAAAAUGCAAAGAUAAAUUGACAGAUAGUGAUAAUGAUGUACAAGAUGAAGACACUGAAAAGAAAUGUUAUAUGCAAUCACGGUUCUCACCUGUAACUGGUCAAAAGAGAGAAGCAAUAAAUGUUAAACAAGAAAUAACCUGUAGGCCUAAGCCGAUAAAAGCACGAAUACCUUCAACAGGCAUUGAAACUACGACGAAAUAUCAUCAUACUUCUAUGGACAAAGGAGGAAGCGUUUCUGUUUUACCCAGCACAUAUCCUUAUCAUAGUCCUGUCAAUCCAACUGGAGUAUCAGGUUUUCAACCUACAGGUGGAGCUUUUAUAACUAUGCCAAUAUCUCCAAAAGUCAUUAAACCAGAACCAGUAAAAAAUGAGCAACAAUAUAGUACUCAAUAUAGUAUGAGUAAUUUAGUAGCAAGUAUUCAUGAAAAUGGAAGAAAUAUACCUAAAUUUACGGCUGCUCCGGUAUUACAUUCUAUUGGAUCGAAACCUAUGAUGGCUCUGUUUAAACAACAGCAGCCGUUGCAGUCUUUAGGCACUAUUCUUCGCCCCCUUACUUCAGCUGUUCCUUAUCAACCAUCGUUCACUCUAACAUUGCUCGAUAACGAUUUGGUGGCUGUUUCCAAACCGCAGCAGGGAUCACAGUAUCUUGGUCCAACACCACCUCAUUCCCGGAUGUAUUGUGGAUUUCAUAUACCUAUUUCUGAUGCUGGCAAUCGUAAUAUAUCUUCCCAAGCUUUAGUUUCUGGCAAUAAAAUGGAAACCCAAAGUGUAAUAGUGACCAAACCAUAUUCGGUUCCAACAACUUCCACUACGUCAACUUAUCGAGGAAUUGGUCAUCCAAUAGCUCGUCUUGCAGAACCUGAAAAAAAUGAAAAUCAAAUAGGAAAUAAUCAUGCCCAAUUUUAUGUAACUAAUGUAAAAUCUGAUCAAGAAAGAAAAGAUACUGUGAAUAUUCUUUUAUCUGCUACAAAUGAUAAACAUAAACAGCCAUCUACUCCACAUACUCCUCAUACACCUCUUAGUAAUCAUGGUAGUACUGAAAUUCCCACAAAUAAAUCAUAUUCUAUGGAUGAAACACAACCUAAUGAUAUAGGUCCAAGUAAAGGUCCUUUUAUGCUUGCUCCAACUCCAGCACAACUUGGUCGAGCACCGUUACAAAGGAGACAGUCAAUGGCAAUGCCUCCCACAUCAAAUGCAGGAGACCAUGGGCCUUUGACUUCUCAACAUUGUGAUAAUCGUCCACAAACAAACACAUCUCAAGCUACAGAACAAAUACAACAACAACAAAAUUUUUCAGAAUCUCAUGCUUCGCCGUCACCAUCUACCAAGAAGGGUUCUUUUUUCAAAAAAAAUGUCGAAGAUGGAAUGGACAGAGUUCUGGAGCAAGUAAAUUUCCAAGAAAAAUUCUCAUCCUUACCAGAAUUUAAACCAGAAGAUAUACAAAGUCCAAGUGCAAUCAGUAUCAAUACAGUGGGUUCAUCUGGUCAUAGUUCAGUAGUAACAUCUGGUUUACAUCCAUCAAAUUUACAAUCGUCGAUACAAAUGCAAAGUUAUAGAAAAAAAUCCGCGCAAGGACCUCAUAGGCCCACAAUGAAUGAGGAUGACAUCGAAUCAGAUACAUCAAUAUCUGCUACUCCAAAAUCAACUUCUAGUGUCAAGUUGACAGGAAAUACAUUCUUUGGUCCAGAUUUUAACGUUGAUGCAUAUAGAACUAAUACCGAUCUAGUAGGAGAUGUUGAUGCUAGUUCACCCAGAACACCAAAAACACCUGGUGGAGGUGCGGGAAACUCUGUAGGAAUUGGCAGAAGUGAAAAUGAACGAGGUCACAGGAAAGUACUAGAACAACGUCGACAUCUUGUAAUGCAAUUAUUUCAAGAACAUGGUUACUUUCCUUCAACACAAGCUACUACAACUUUUCAAGCAAAACAUUCAGAUAUAUUUCCUAAUAAGACAAGUUUGCAAUUAAAAAUUAGGGAGGUCAGACAAAAAUUAAAAGCUAACUCUACACCUAUGAGUGCUAACAGUCUAGUUAGUCCACUACCUGUUUCUGAAUCUUCACCUAAUAUAACUGGACCAUUGACUGCUCCUCCUACAUCGAUGGGAGCUCCACAUUCACUGCCUGUAAGCAGUAGUGGUAGCUAGCGCCCACGUGCCAACUGUGAUACUAUGCAUCCCCUUACUCCACAACAUGAGUACAUCAUUAUUCAUUGAAAAAAAGGAAAGAUUUUAUUGGAAAAAUUGUUGAUGUACAAGUUUUAGCGAGUUGUAAAGUGCUGCAAGGCUUUAGUGCAAUUCAAACUUUGAUAUAACCUGGUGCAGGUAACUUAGACAGGCAUAUCAAGGUGAAUCGAUGUACAUAUAUUAGUAAUAUCUUUAUAUUGUAUAUAAAAGAAAUAUCGUAUCGAGUAUUUCUCAAGAUUACUAAUGUUGACUUCGAUGUGUGUUCGAGUAUCUGUGUUCUAUUGGGAUAAUGACAUAUAAAAUUGUGAAAAUUUGCGUGAUAAAGAAUUUACUGUAUUUUAGUAACGAUAACGCUCAUUAGUAAAUUAAAAGCUCAACUUAAAAAUUUAAUCAUAUUAUCUUGUUUAAUAACAAAAUGAGAAAAAAAUAAUAUAAUGACAUAAAAUAACUGUUUCGCGCGCGAAAUAUUUAAUUCGAAAAAAAGAGCUUUCUUCUCUCAGAAGGAAAGACAAUACUCGUCUGCAUUCUAAAUCCAAAGAUGAUUUAUGAAAUGGUAAUAUAGAAAUGAAAAAAUUAUUUUACUACGUUAUAAAGUUACAACUCAUAGUUGUAUAAUUCCAAAUAUGCACGACUGAUAUUUGUACAUCGAUAUACCUUGCAAGGAUUAUGAAAGGCCUAAGCCAUUGUUAAACAUUGUUAAAAAUACUAUGAGAUCCAGUAGAAAGAAAAAAAUGAAUAUGUGUGAUAUAGAAAAUGAAAUUUCGCGUGAGUGCAGAAUGUGUAUGGGUGUUUUUGAGAGAAAGAGGAAGAGAAAGUCGUAAUCAGAGAGUAUUAGAAUUAAUGAAACAUUAUAAAAUGAAAUCAGAGUUUAUAUAUACUUUAGUUAUUCUUUAUAUAUGAUAUAGAUAAAAAAGAAAAAUAUAAAAGAAAGAACUGCGAUAAACAUUGCACAAAAUUUAUGUAAUGCAGUCAACAAAUAUGUUUAUUUUACUUGUAAAUAUUAUGGCAUGAAUUGGAAUGGGAGAUAUCUGGAGAGUUUAAAGUAUCUAUGAUGCUGUGUCUGACAAUUUUAAGACGAAAGCAUACUUUGGUGAUUCAUAGAUUAUAACAGUGGAGACAAAAAUCGUGCCAUUGUGCGGCGACAAACAAGGGAAUGCAUGCGUAAUAAAUCCCUUAAUAGUAAAGAAUUAAUUGUUAGACACCACUUGAUAUAGAUAAUAUGUAAUAUGUUUCCAAUAUUCUCGAAAGUACUUAUCUACUGUUUUUAGACCUCUGCUCAAAUUCAACGCGUUGAAUUUGUGUUUUAUAAGCAUUUUAAAGUUGAUCUGCUGAUGCUGAAGUUGUUUUUUUCUUUAUUUCUUUUUUUUUCUUUUUUUUUUUCCUUUUUCCUUUUUUUUUUUGGCCAAUUUAGAUAUAAGCGGUUUUAUAGAGGCCGUAUUUUUUUCUUUUUUUUUUUUUGGCCAUGACAAAUUAUUUGUUUUUACCUUUAGCAUGUCAUAAUCAAAUGCGUGUGUGAUCUAAUGAAAAAUUUGCAAAUAUAUAAGAUUUAAUAUUACCAUCGAGCGCCGAGAUAAGAAAAGAAGUGCCGAGAAGAUUUAUUGAAUAUGUUGUUGCGAUUUGAGAAUUUUGUUACUAUGCUUUUAAUGGAACUCGUGUUGUUCAUUACGCAAAUUAUACAUACAUUAUAUGUAUAUAACGUAUUUCGUUUAUUUUAGUGCAUUUUAUCAAUCACAUGAUUGCUUUUACGUUAUAAAAAAUUUCAUAUUCUAAUAGAAACGCGUUGAAUUUUAGCGGAGAUUGUUGAAUUUGGCUGUAAAAUAGAUUAUGUAAUUAGUAAUAUGUUUAUAAAAAAAGCGCACUUUGAAAGGUUUAAAAAAGUCUCGCGCCACGGCACGCAUAUUAUAGUUAGGAUAGGAACAAUGUCUAUUCUACAUAUUUUGUAAAUAGAAAACAAAUAUAAUAUACCGAAUAUAUAUUAUAUAAAAUUUAGGAUACAUCCGAAACGGUAGAGUAGAGCAUUGUAAUUUGUAGAAUAAUAAUUAUAAAUGAGAGCGCGGGCAGGAUUAGAAAGAAUACGAGAAAAGAAAAGAUAAAAUUUACAGAUUGUGGGCCUUCGUGAACUCUUCUUGCGCAUGAAAUGGUCCCCUUACCCUUCUCCAAAGUUAAUCCUUUCCUAAAGUGUUAGGAUAUUAUUUGUAUAUAGUACAUAAUAUUACUCUCUUACGAUUUUUUGAUUUAUUAUUUUUUACGGAGCGUUAAUGCACCGGUGGCAAGCGAUUACUGAAAAAAUGAGACACUUGAAAUCUGCACUGAUCACUCCUGUGAAUUAUACUCCGAAGAAGGAUUUCUUUUUUCCUUUUAAUACAAUUUUUUUCUUUUUAAGAAUAUAUUUAUUAUGUAAAAAAAUAUAAUUUAAUGUUAAUAUAUUCUUCGGAUAAGUUUAUUAGAAAUCAUUUAUACUGUGUUCAUAUCACUCUUUUUAAACAAUAUUAUUCUCAUUCAUAUAAUUUCUCUGCAUCUUCAUUUCCAUAAAAUAUCGUAUUGCAUCAAUUUUAUCGUAAAUAGUAGUUUUUUUUUCGUUUUUUCUUUAAAAAAGGGAAAAAAACUGGCGAAUAUAUUU